UGUGUACAUUUAUAAAGUAACGCGCUACUUUACUCGUUACUCCAGAAAAGUCAUAUUAUUACGUAACGCACGUUACUUGUAACGCAUUACCCCCAACACUGUCCCCAACACUGCAAAUAACAUUGUACUGAACACAGUGAUCACUGAAGUGCUCAUCAUCUGAGAAGAACCUGAGGUCCACAUGUCAUCCACAUAUAAUGAAUCCAAACCUGAUGUAAUUGGACAAGGAAAUAUGAACAAGUCUAUAGAGGGUUUAUAACACCAUACACUGUUAAAAAAAAAAAAAGAUCGGUUCCACCAUGACUACAGAAUAAAACCUUCAGGCAGACAUGUCAAACUCCAGGCCUCUGGGCCACUUCUGGCCCCUGCAUCCAUUAUAUCUGACCCCUGAGGUAAAAUCAUAUUUCUAUUAUAAACUGCCUCUAUUUUAUAUAUAUAUAUAUAUAUCAGUGGGGCCUCAGAUUUUACCUUUGAGUUUCUAUACAAACACAUUUCGGCCUUCACAUCACAUGCUGUAAGCUGUAAGGUCUGUACUGAGAGCACUGGAGGCUUUUUAACAUACACUUUAAUUUACCUGAAGCUGUUGGUUAGAAAGCGCACUAGUCAGAGCUCACAACCUGCUUCUGUAGCAAACUGCACACACUCAAUAUGUGUGUGGAUUUAAUCGCUGUUUUUUCUUUCAUUCCUCAACGGCUGACAGAGGAGGAGAAAUGUAUUUAGUCACAGUUACACUUACACAGACAUUUACAAGACGGUCUUGAAAAAAAGAAAAAAGCUGGACAUUGUGAGGAAAGGUCAACACAAAAAGUUCAAAACAGUUAAGAUUUUUAUGAACCAUUUCUACUUUUGUGUUUUAUUUCCUGUAAAAUUUGCGCAAAAACACACGAUUUGCCUUCAUUAAAAAUCCCAGGGGACAAACGGGGGUCAUUUAAUGAGAAUAAUAUUGAUGCUUCUGCUAGAGAUGAUGUACACGGGAGGUGAAGCUGUGUCUGCUGUGGAAGGAGACUGGUUGAAUUGUGUUGAUUGGGAUUUCAUUCAUUCUCACUGUAUGAGAUUCCUGUUUCUGAUGCAUCGCUCUGUUAUUCUGCUCUUCUGUAUAAUAUUGAUGGUUUCUGUAGAUGUGGUGUCAUAAUGAUGGAAUGAAGAGGUGGAGUAAGUGAGUAAGACAUCACUGAAGACCUCAGUGUGAAAGGCACUGAUAGAUAUGUAUUGGUGUGGGAAAAUAAAAUGAAAAAGAUGAAAAGUUAUGAAGUAGAAUGUGAGUUACAGGUGAUUGAGGUGCAGCUCUGCCCAGGCCUGAGGUCCACGUGUGUCCCUGUCCAACAUGGCGGACGCGUUGACGUGCUGCGCUGCUGCGGAAACGCGACAUCUCUCAGGGUUCCUGAAUUAUUCUGGGCGUUUAAACAGCCAGGAAAGCGCAGAGUCAAGAGAAGAGAGAAGUGUGUUGAAGAGAGACUGUGAGAGUGCUGGAGGUGAUCACACCGGCAGGAUGCUGAUAUACUGAUUAUCCGCUUUAAGAGAGGGGGGAGAGGGGGAAGUGCAGUGCCGUAAACAGGUCUCGAUCCCAGCGGGGACACAGAGACACAAACACAGAGACACAGAGACCCGAGUCAGCAACUCUUCUCCAUUCAGAUCUUCUCUGCACUUUUCUGGAGCAGCAGGAAUGUGGCGGUGUGCAGCGCAGUGAAAGAGCGGAACAAAAGGCCGGUUGAGCGGUGGAAAGCUCCAGGCCGGGACUCAAAACCCGGAGAUCACACCGAGCUUUAACACAACAACAAUCCAAUGUGAUCAAAACCAACACGGGAGCAGGUCCACAGAGAACAUCUCCAUACAUCUCCGGGCUGACAGGAGGCACUCAGUGGGAAACAUCAUGGCGUUACAGCUGCACCGGACCGCGCGCUUCCUGCCGCUACUGCAGCACCGGGGCUCUGCUCUCUCUCCCCGCAGGAGCUGUGCGGACAUGAGCCCCGGCUCCAGGCUGCGCGUCCUGCUGGACAUGGACGGCGUUAUCGCUGAUUUUGAGGGUGGAUUUCUGAAGAAGUACAGACAGAGAUUCCCGAAUGAUCCGUACAUCAGUCUGGAGGAGCGAAGAGGCUUUUGGGUGUCGACUCAGUACGGAGAGCUGAGAGGAGACCUGUGUGAUAAAGCCAUCAGCAUUUGGGAGUCCAAGAAUUUUUUCAUAGAGCUCGAGCCCAUACCAGGAAGUGUGGAGGCUGUGAAGGAGAUGGUCAAGAUGAAGAAUACAGAUGUCUUCAUUUGCACCAGUCCAAUUAAACACUACGCUCACUGUCCAUAUGAAAAAUACGCGUGGGUCGAGCGGCACCUGGGCCCCGAUUUCCUGGAGAAAGUCAUUUUGACCAGAGACAAGACGAUCGUGAGCGGAGACAUCCUCAUUGAUGACAAGCCGGACAUCCUCGGUGUGGAACCCAAUCCAUCCUGGGAACAUGUUCUUUUCACUGCCUGCCACAACAAGCACCUGCCUCCCAGCACCACGCAGAGGCGCCUCCUGUCCUGGGACGAUGAAUGGAGGGGCAUCCUGGUGGGCAGUCGCUCGUGAGAGCAUGGUGUUCAUCAACCUCGAUCAACCUCAGUGGACCAGCACUCAGAAGAUAAUCAGCUGUGUAAGAUAUCACUGCACUGUAACACCGUUAUUCUCCGUUUGGUCCUAAUUUAAAGCACUGCAUGACGAGAUGCCACGUUUACAUGUAAGGGAGACGAGUCAGUUCAUGAAAAACAUCUCAGAACGCUGUAUGAACUUGUGUCAUAACUCAUCUAGAUAAGGAACGCAAUCAAGGGGAGAUGAAGAUGCAGAUUCACAAUGCAGAUUUCACACGCACACGAUUGCUGCCUGUAACUGUUCUUAUACUAAAAUCAGUAAUUAUUGUUGUUUUUUUUUACUUUGGAGAUUUGAUCGACGGCCAGUUGAAACUGCCUCAGUGCUGUGUUUUAGUUUGAUGUUGUGCAUGUGAACGAAGGAGAACCACAGCAACAUUCGUUCACUCCAACCUUUUAGUGCACAAACAUACUUUUAUGCCACUGCCACAUUUGUAAAUUACUUAUUUACUUUUUUUUUUCUUUUUCUAAAUGUAUACACAUAGAGAGAUUUAUACACUAUAUAACAGAUGUGUAACAGUUUGAACCGGUUUUUUAUUUAUUUUAUUUUUAUUAUAAUUGUUUGUGCCUAAUACGUCACAAGUCAUGCUGAAGAUGCACACCGUUUAUUAUUAACGUUUUAAUAUGCACGUGUUUGAGCCGAAAUGUGCGUGCGUGUGUGUGUGUGUGUGUAUAUGUGUGUGUGUAUGAGAGAGAACACUGAUGUAGUAUCAGUACACAGGCAGCACACAGGGUUACAAAAAUAAUCACACAUCCUUAGAAUGACGUAAAAUAAUGACUAUUUCUCCUCAUAUGCACAAAUUAAAUAUUAUAAUGCUGGUGCACUUA